AUGACUGUUUGUGGUGCUGCCAAGUUAUUUAACAUACCACGACCCACUCUUCAUGAUCAUGACCAUAUUAAUGGAAGACGUGGUAUUAAAUCUAAUACUAUGAGCAGAAACCCAGCACUGGGACCACAGCUUGAAAAAAAAUUGGCCAAUUUAAUAAAAACCAUGGAUAAAUAUGGACAUGGUUUAUCAAGAAAAAAAGUUUUGGAUUUAGUCGGUAAAUAUAAUAAUGCAAAUGAAAUAGUAAGUCCAUUUAAAAAUAGUUAUCCCAACCAAGAUUGGUGGUUAGGGUUUUCUUAUCGACAUAAAUUAAGUUUAAAAAAACCUCAAGUAGUUGAAUGUUCUCGUAAAAAAGCAUGCAAUCCAUUUACUAUUUAUGGAUACUUUGAAUUAUUACGGAAGACUAUGGAUGAACUUAAGGGGAUUCGAUACCGCAAUUUUCUGUUUUUGUCUAACACACGCGCGACAUAG